AUGAAUGCAAAUGAUCAGCAGAAAACUAUGGCAAUUGCUGAAUAUUUUCCUGAUGGAUCGAUUACACGAAUCAUUUUCAGCAAUUUUUUGACUUACGAAUAUGUGGAAAUGUUUCCUGGUCCAAAUUUGAAUGUUAUUAUUGGACCAAAUGGAACAGGAAAGAGCACAAUUAUGUGUGGUUUAUGUUUGGCAGUUGGUGGUACUCCGAAAUUAUUGGGGCGUUCCGAAUUGUUAGCUGAUUAUAUCAAACAUGGUUCGAAGAAAGGAUCUGUGGAAGUUUUCAUACGUGAUUCAAAACUUGGAAAGGAUCGAGCACUAUCGAUUGUUUUGCAUCGAAUUGGUGGUUCUAAUUAUUUUGUUGAUGGUGAGAAAGUAACACAGACAAAAUUGCGUAACAUUGCUGAAAGCUACAAUAUCCAGAUUGAUAAUCCAUGUACAUUCCUAGCACAAGAUAAAGUGAAAAGUUUCGCGGAACAAAAAUCAUUUGGUCUUCUUGCAAAUACGGAAAAAGCUGUUGGGAAGGAAUUGGUCGAUUUACAUGAAAACAUUCACAAUAUACGACUUAAUCAGUCACCUAUUUUACGUACUAAAUGCUUAGAAGAUCAGUUAAACUCCGUGCAAAGUGAAUUGAAAACAUUAAUUCCUCUAACUGAAAAUUACCGCCGACGUGAAACAAUGCGAGAACAUAUUCGACUUCUCGAAUGCAAAAAGCUUUAUUUGAAGUAUUUGGAGGCAGAGGCAAUUGCUGAAGAAAAAGCUCAAUAUAAACGACUAAAAGAAGAAGAACUUGAAGAGGUGAAGAAAUCAAUGUUACCUAUUACAAAUCGCUUGAAACAGCAAAACGUUGUCAAUGAAGAAUACAAACAUAAACAAAAAAAUGCCAUUGAUCAAUUGUUAUCAUUACGGAGAGAAACAGAAAAACUUCUUGCGAUUGAAUCAGUAGAUGAAAUGAUAUUGAGUGCAAAAAAAGAUUAUGAACGAGCUAAGAAAGAGCAUAGUGAAUGGGAAGAAAGAUUAAAUGCCGCACGAACGGAACGUAAUCUUUUGGAAGAGAAACUUGCUGCUGCGGAUCAAGAAUUUACGUCCAUGGAGAAUGAGAAUUCGGCAGUCAAGCGAGAAUAUUUGGAGUGGAAUAGAAAAGAGGAAGAAUUGGACAGGCAAAAAUCAGUAUUAAAUAAUAAAAUUGCUGAAAUUGAUUCCAGCAUACGAGCUGUUACGGAAUCGAUCGAUGCUGAGCAGCAGCCAUUUCGGAAGAAAUUUAUUGUUUUGAGAGGUAAUGGUAGAGAAAUGAAAUGUGCCGAAGCAUGGCAGUGGUAUGAAUCGCAAAAAGAGAAGUUCCAACAUCCAGUUUUUGUCCCUUUGUUAUGUAUGUCUUUGGUAAGUGACGAUGCCGCAGUUUAUUUGGAAAAUAUCAUUGCACGUCGUGAUUUAUUAAUGUUCAUAUUUUGUUGCAAAGAAGAUGAAUUAUUGUUAACAGAUAAACGACAUCCCUGGAAAAUCAAUUCUUGUAUCAUAAGCAAUGAUGAGAUAGCACGCUUUAAAAAACAACAAAAAGCGAUACCUGCACAUUUAUCUUCUCUGGGAUUUACUUGUCUGGCAUCAGAUUUAUACACUGCACCAGAUCCCGUGAAAGCAUAUUUAAACAGUGUUGCAUCGUUACAUAAAAUUCCUAUUGGUACCCAAACAACAGAGAAAUGCUUAGAUAAAGUUUGCGAAACACUGAAAAAUUCUCAUCGUUUAUUUUUGACAAAUUCAUUGCGGGUACGUAUCUCUGUAUCUCGUUACAGCGGUAAUUUAUCGGUCCGAACAGAAGCAUUGCGUACUUCUUUACGACUUCUUGUUGUUCAUACUACUUUACCUGAAAGUAAUGUGCAAAGUCUCAGUGAGCUUGAAAAACAAUUAGCAGAGCUUAAAAAACUUGCAGAAGAGAUGCGAUUAGCUCAUGAGCAUAUUGGACAGACAGAAAAAACUAUUGCACAGGGACGUGAAAAAUGUCGUAAAAAAAUGGAUGCAUUUCUCAAAAAGAAGGAUGCUCGAAAUAUAAUUUCAAGUCAACUGCGUUCGAAAGCCGCAAGAGUGCAUGCCAUUGAAACUGAUAAACCUGAUCUGACGGUUGCUGCACAAAAAUUCCAGAAAGUCAAGGAUGAAAUUAUUGCAGAAUCAUUUGAACGAGUUGAAAAAAUUGCUAAGUUGAUGAAGAAAAAGAAAUCACACAUCCAGGAUGCGUUAUUUGCAACGUUAAAUGCAAAAAAGGUAUUGACUGAAAUGGAUACAUUGAAAAAGCAAUUAAAUCAGUUCGACGAAGAAUAUGAGUCUAAAUUGGAUGCAAUCAGACUUACUGAAAUAGCUGUAAAAAAAGCAAUGCAAAGAAUAAAUGAAGAUAAGCAGCGAUUGUAUGAAUCAAUUGGUAUUGAAGAUUCGUCUACGAGUGAAGCAGCGAGUGAAGCAUUGGAAAUAUUGAAAAAAAACUUUGAUAGCUAUAAUAUUCCGAACACUAAGGAUGAAAUAGAACUCCAAAUUGCACAUGAACAAGGAAAACUUGAUGCACUAUAUAGUGAAGGAGAGAAAAAAGAUAUUGAACGUUUUGAAAAAUUAACGCUAGAAAAACAAUCUCUCAUUAAAGAAGUCACUGCUGUAAAGAAAGAUGUCAGCGAGUGGGAAAAUAAACUCGAUCGUUUGCUAGAACAGUGGCUACAUCAGUUGGAAAAUGUCGUUGGAAAAUUGAAUCAAUAUUUUAGUUCUUUCUUUCAAAAUAUGGGAUGUUCUGGAGAAGUUCAUCUUCAGAAACCUGAUGAUAAGUAUGAUAUUUCAAAGUAUGGCAUCCUAAUAACUGCCAAAUUUCGUGAAGGUGAAAGAUUUCGUGAGCUAACACAUCAGACACAAUCAGGCGGUGAACGUAGUGUGAUCACAAUGUUAUAUAUUUUAGCACUGCAAAAGCUAACAGUUGUACCAUUUCGCUGUGUUGAUGAAAUCAAUCAGGGAAUGGAUCCAAAAAAUGAGAAGAUUGUAUUCAAUAUGAUUGUAGAUAUGCUUUCUAACGAUAAUGAUUUAGCAAAAACCCAAUAUUUUAUACUUACUCCUAAACUAGUACCUGAUUUAAAAUUUAACCAAAAAACGAAAAUUCAUUGCAUUUAUAGUGGAGGAAAGCUUGAUAAACGUAAAAGCUGGAAUGUUACGGAUUUUCUUAAAACUAUGAGCAAUCAACAAAUGGUUACAGAAAUGGAAGCAGUACUGUAG